GAAUACAAAUCUGACGAAAAUGGCGUCCUGUUGUCAGGAUCCUUCUCGAUAAUAAUCAAAAGAUCUAGAAUUUUUUAAUGACCUAUGAUACAUCCAAUAUACUGAGCUCAAAAAAAUGAAAUAUAACAAUCGAUUUUCAUCAAUGUUGUUGAUAUUUUAAAAUGUAUUAAACUACAUACCAGCAAACGUUUAAAAGAUUGCAUCGGAAUGAUCCGACGACUUGCUCAAAAGUAGUGCUGUGCUGUGGUGCGUCAGUGAGUGAGGAAGUGAAAGUUCCGGAUUUAUUUUUCGUUAUUUGGGACUAAACUGCCUUCAGGCAAACCAGCACGAUAUACUAUGUGCUGGAUAGUGAUUACGAUUAGUUCGUAAAAUGGAAAAGAGUCGGCAUGGCAAACAGAGCAAGGAUAAAUCCAAGAAGUCAAAAAAGCGUAGACACAGAGAUGAAAACGGCUCCCCUAAUAACUACGUAGGACUUCUGAAAGCAAAACCUUUAGUUGAAUACUCUGAUGUAAGCUCUGAGGAUUUAUCCGGUCCUGAAGCAGGGGAAAUACAAAGUGGUGAAGAGGGCAGUCUUGUACUUAGUGAGGAUGGUGAGCUGGAAGUAGAAGCUGAUACAAUGCAUAGAAGUAGUCACCGUAACAGGUAUUCUCGCCUGGAAGAGGAGAUCUAUAUCAGCAGAGAGACAUCACUUAUGUUACAUUCACCAGGAAGAAGGCAUCGUCUGGAUCCUUCGAUGAUACCAAGGUCUCCAUCACCUCCGAUACUCGUCAGAGAAAGACAGCUGUCUAUAUCUUCGCGUUCCUCACGCUCUAGUGAAGUAAAAGUCGUAAAACACCGUCGAAAAGUAGAAACGUCACCUGUGGAGUAUGUUGCCCCGGCGGCUUCUCCUACGUACGAGGAGGACUACAGCUCCGACAGAAAGAAGCGAAAAAAGAAAGACAAGAAGCACAAGAAAGAGAAAAAAUCCAAGAAGAAAAAGAAGAAACCCAAGCAGAGGUCUCGCAGUACCAGCUUGGAGAGCGUUGCAAGCGAAUCGGCAGGUUCGGAAACUAGCUCGCCUAGAAAAACGCCCCCCAGGCCCGAGAUUGAGCCUCUGUCGGAUUGGGAACACCACGAGUCAGCUAAAGGAGCCUCGGACGUCAAAGCGACGAUAGACACGAGUGCCUGUUCGCCGGUGUCCAAUGACAGCCAUAUCGCAUCCCCCGAGCCCCAGUUUGACCUCAGAAGUCCCACCCCACCUGUGAAGACUCCUCCCAUAAAGUAUCGCGAGUAUCCGAGGGAUUAUACACCCCGAGAAUCUCCCCAUACACCCCCUUUGCAUCACUCUAGUAGGUACAAUCACUAUAUUUCGGACGAACCGAUUCGAAUAAGAGAUUCCCCCAUCCUCAUUGAUGAUCAGUUGUCCCCUGUCAAGUCCCCGUACAUAUCUGCGACCCCAGACCCGAUAAUGCACUCACAUAAGCAUCGAUCGAUGACUCCUAGCAGCAGAAGACGUAGAAUGGAGAGAGAGAAACUGCAUAGAAAGCACAAGAGUAAGAGGGAGAAGGCCUGGAUGCGAGAGCGGGAGCGGGAGAAGAGGUAUUCGAGAAGUCGGAGUCCAGUCGUUAGGAGAAGGUCUAGGUCUUCAAGUUACGGUAGGAGUAGGCAUUACGCCAGUCCGUCGCCGUCCAGGAGAAAGAAACAUAGGUCAAGAAGCCCCAAACGGGAUAGGAGUCCGAGGUAUAGGAGGAGUCCUUCUCCCCAUUCAUUCAGAUCAUUACAGUUGAAAAACAAAAUCACAGACACAAGUUUAUUUGCGGAAUUAAUCAAGGAUAAGUACCAGAGGGAGUUGGAAUUGAAAAAGUUGUCCAAACAAAUUGAACAGAAUAAUUCCGAGGUUAAAGAAAAUUCAGAAGCUGCGGAUGCUGCAAAACGGAGUUCUAGUAUAGAUGAAACCGAUAGUUCCCAAAAGAAUGAUAGCAAGGAUAUUAUUGAUAACCCCGUGCCCAUGGAUAUCGACGAUAUUCCAAUUCCUGAUAGCGAACCUACUAAUCAGCUGAACGAUAUCCAGCUGCCCGAAGGGGAUAACGUAACCAGUAUGGAAAUACCAAAAAGCCCUCCUGCUCCCAAGACUCCUCCAUUACCUGUAAAUAAUACCGUGUCUGUAACCCCAUCUAUGAACUUCACUAGUGCUCCUCCUGUUCCAUUAGAAGUGUCACCAGUAAAGAAACAGCCAGUAGAAAUACCCAAACCGAAGACGAAAAGCGUUACUAAAAUGCCUUUACCUCCCGGCAUAGAUCAAACGCAGCUGGAAGCAAUCGUUUCUCCUCCUAGUCGGACGCCUAGUCCCUUGCCACCUGUUCCAGUCAGCAUAAGGGCCAAGACUCCACCGAGAAAAGGGGUCAAGGAUUUACCUAUGCCACCAGUUAUUCCUGGAACGGAAGAGCUUAGCGGCGAUGAAGAUGUUCCUGUCACACCUCCAAGAAAUAAUAUUCCAGUCGUUAUAGAAAAAGUGAAACCUCCCAAACCGAAACUGCCUACGAAGAGGCCGACCAUUCUCAAAAGGAAAGGCUCGAGAAAUUUCCAGACCAGCGGGAAAGAUUGGGGCGAAAGAUGUGUGGAUAUGUUCGAAGUCAUCGUGCAAAUUGGCGAAGGUACUUAUGGUCAGGUUUACAAAGCCAAAGAUAAUCAAGCAAAUGUAUUGGUAGCGCUCAAGAAAGUAAGACUGGAGAACGAAAAGGAAGGAUUUCCCAUCACUGCGGUGAGAGAGAUAAAAAUUCUCAGGCAACUGAAUCACAAAAACAUAGUUAAUCUGCGAGAGAUUGUAACUGACAAACAGGACGCUGUAGACUUUAGGAAGGAAAAGGGUUCUUUUUACUUGGUAUUCGAAUAUAUGGACCAUGAUCUGAUGGGCCUUCUGGAAUCUGGGAUGGUCGAUUUUAAUGAACUCAACAAUGCUUGCAUCAUGAAGCAGCUAUUGGAUGGCCUGAACUAUUGCCACAAGAAGAAUUUUCUUCAUAGGGACAUAAAAUGCAGUAACAUUUUAAUGAACAACAAAGGGGAAGUCAAGUUGGCAGAUUUUGGUCUGGCGAGGCUCUACAAUGCCGAAGACAGGCAAAGACCAUACACCAAUAAGGUGAUCACCCUGUGGUAUAGACCACCUGAGCUAUUACUAGGGGAAGAAAGGUAUGGACCUGCUAUCGACAUAUGGAGCUGCGGCUGCAUUUUAGGGGAGCUGUUUCUGAAGAAACCCUUGUUUCAAGCGAACUCCGAGUUGAUGCAACUUGACAGGAUAUCGAGGGUUUGCGGUACCCCCACUCCUGCUGUAUGGCCCUCGGUCAUCAAACUACCACUUUUUCACACUCUGAAACCCAACAAGCUUCAUCGGAGGAGAUUGAGAGAGGAUUUCAUAUUCAUGUCGGCUUCUGCAUUGGACUUGUUAGAUAAGAUGUUGGAGUUGGACCCCGAUAAGAGGAUAACGGCCGAGGAUGCUCUCAAGUCGACUUGGUUGAAGAACAUCAACCCCGAACAAAUAUCCGCCCCCGAGCUGCCCACAUGGCAAGAUUGUCACGAAAUGUGGAGCAAGAAACGAAAACGACAAAUACGGGAACAGGCAGAAUCGAUGCAGAACCUGCCUCCAGGCAAACCAGUUCAAAUUGGUCGUGGAGAUAAGACUUUGGUAAAACCGGAAGAUUCCAUGGACGGAGGAGGGUCAUCGAAAGUACUGAAAAUGGAAGCUUACGACUCAGCAGUGCUAUCCUACGCCCUGGCCACUGCAACAUUCAAGGCUAAGCCAGGUAUGAUAGGAAUGUCACACGAUGAAUCUGCUCCCCAAAAACAUCCAGAUGAAUCCCUUACUCCACCCAGAGAGGCUACGGAAGGGGACUUGGACGGAAGGAACUACCUUUAUCAGCUUCUCUACAACUUGGAGCAGAUGGUAAUCAACAAGACCAAUGUGCAGAUGUCCCAUCUGAUGGAAAUUUGUUCAACAAAGCAAGCACAGUGGGAUCAACAGAUUUCUGCUCCUUUGGAUGCCUUGCUGGGAGAGCUGAGACAAAUCUGCAAAGUUAAUCCUGGGUCAAUUCACCAGCUGCAGCUGUCUUUUGAAGAUGAACAUAACCAAGGAGUGUCCUUAAAUACGGAGAUCGUUUGUAAAACGUUAUCAGAUUUACUUCGACAAUUUGGUUUAACAAUGGGUGCAAAUAUUAUGAAAAGAUCGUUUUCAAAUUGAUGUUAUAUAGAUGAGUAUUAUUUUGUAUAGAGUUUUUAUAAUGGAUAAGGAACUAUUUUUUAACUUGGAUAUUUUCAUUCACUGCGAGACUUGAGUUAAUUGUUAUUAUUAUUCACACAUUCGUUGGCGGUCACUGAUAGCCUGCUAUAAAAUCAUUAUUAAUAAAUUAUAAGAAAGUA